AAUCGGCAGAUCACCCCCCACGGCAUGCUGCCCCAAGCACGCGCUUGGCAUGCUGGGGCCUGGAGCCGCCCUUAUAUACAGACCAUGAGGAAAGAGUCCCUCGUGGGGCGGGUCAACCACACUAUGGUGACUCAUUUCGUCCUCUUAGGGAUCCCCAACACCGAUGGCCUCCAGACCAUCCUCUUCAUCACCUUCUUAGCCUUCUACCUCUGCACGCUGCUGGGAAACCUGCUCAUCUUCUCAGCCAUCCUCGCCGAUGCCCACCUGCACACCCCCAUGUACUUUUUCCUCUGCAACCUCUCCAUCGUAGACCUUGGAUUCUCUUCCAUCAGCACCCCUAAAUUUCUGGUCAACCUCUGGGCGAAGAGUAGAACCAUCUCUCUAGGCGGGUGCAUGUCCCAGGUCUUCUUCAAUCACUUUCUGGGCAGCACCGAGUGCCUGCUCUUCACUGUCAUGGCCUACGACCAGUACGUGGCCAUCUGCCACCCGCUGCGCUACCUGCUUAUCAUGAACCGCAGAGUGUGCGCCCUCCUGGCCACUGGCACCUGGAUCGUCAGCGCCUUCAAUGCCACCAUCCUCACCAGCCUGACCUUCACACUGCCCUACUGUGGGUCCAACGUGGUGGAGUAUUUCUUCUGCGACAUCUUCCCGGUGGUCAAGCUGGCCUGUGCGGACACGUAUGUCGUCAAGACAGUGAGCUUCACCAAUAUUGGGGUGGUGCCUAUGACCUGCUUCCUCCUCAUCUUCGCCUCCUACGUCAGGAUCAUCUACUCUGUCCUGAAGAUGAACUCGGCCAAAGGGCGGCGCAAAGCAGCCUCCACUUGCGUCUCGCAUCUGGCGGUGGUGACGCUGUUCUUUGGGCCCUGUGCCCUGGUCUACACGCAGCCCCAGCUAAGCAAAAGGCUGGUGAUCCCUGGGCAGAUCUUUGGCAACGUGGUUACGCCCAUGCUGAACCCAGCCAUCUACACGCUGAGGAACAAGGAGGUGAAAGCGGCACUGAGAAAACUGAGAGGGGGUCAAACACCUGCACCUUGAUGUGCGGCAGCUGCAGGAGUAGCAUGUGGGUCUGCUUGGAAAUACAUCGACAAACAUCUGCAUGGCGGCUCCGUGGCUCUUGUGAACCUCUCUGUCUCUCCCCAUCCCCACACAGCUCCCAUCUAUCUAUGUGGAUCUCUACAAGUCAU